GACGGCCUCUUGCCAUCUCCUUGCUGCUUGUGUCCCUGCUACUGUUCUGUGUUGCUGCAUUGCUUGAAUCGAUUUCAUCUAUACCACAUCUUUCUUGCAUAGAUAGACAUGUCCAGAGGAAACUACAACAACCGAGGCGGCGCAUUCCGUGGUGACCAGAGCAGAGGACGAGGAGGUCGUAGCCGCGGACGAGGAGGCAGUCGAGGCAACGGUUUCCGCGGCGGAAGGGGAAGAGGUGGAUAUAUCCCCUUUGACGAGUUUGACUUGCCCAUUUCGCAGUGGCCAGACAAUGAUCCGCCAGCUCGCGGGGGAUUCAUCACCCCUAGAGGCAGAGGCCGUGGAUGGCCAGGAAAUCAGGGAUCAGGCUACAACAGUCCGAUUCCAACGCGAGGAACAGACAGCCCUCGCAGUCGGGGACGAGGGCGAGGACGAGGAUUCUCAGGCGACACUACGCCAUAUGGAGAUCAGGGCCGUAGUGGAAGGAGUGAAGCCUAUUUGAAGUCGCGGCUGCGUGCGGGUGUGCCUCUGGGGAAGCUGCUCAGCGAAGAUCGACCGCUGCUCAAGCCGGUUGUGUUUGUGCGGUCGGUACAUACCGCAACCCUAUUCCAAGAGGAGGAAGAUAUCCUUCAGCCCAUGGCAGAACCAGUAGCGGAUGAUGAGAAGAGCCAUGUUCCUACAGCAGACAAGGUCUCCCAUGUAUUCGACGGUGAAGAUUUACAUGGGGAGUCGGAAGACGACCGAUUGGAGGAAAUUGACUUCGCAGAUUUGGGCAAGAUCCAAGCAGAUGUGGAUGCAGUGGCUGCCGUGGAAGUCGUUACAUCCACAACAAGCGAGCCCGAAGAUGCUCAUACAGAGAUCAAAGCGCUAGAGGAGAAGUUCACUGGCUUCUUUGUGGACACUACACCUACCCCGGUCACCGAGCAGCCUGCGAACAAUGUCAUCGCGGCUGACCUGGUGGAAGCAGCACUCGGCGAAGAUGAUGAGGAGAUAAUUGUAUACGUUGCGCCGCAUCCGCGUUCGGGGCCGGUGCCGCCUACACGGCAGCCACAAGAGAACACGUCCGUCCAGGCUGUCUCUAUGACCUCGAUUCUGACUGGUGUCGGGAUUUCCGCGCCUCAAGAGGCAGACGACGCACAAGCAGAAGGCGCACAAGCGGAAGGUGCACAAGCAGAAGUUACUACUACGCCAACACAGUUGCAAGCACCAGCUCCAAUUGUCAACCCUGAGACUCCGGCAUUUGAGUCUGUGUCCUUCGCUUUCGGCUCUACUACGCGGAAGAAGCAGACUCGAAAACUGUUCCCAGUCGGCGGCCCGCGUUCGCUUUUGAAACGUUCGAAGAAGGCCCGACAGAGGCCUUUGCGGCAUUUUGGCUCGUAUGGCGCGAUGCUUUCGGAGGCACAUCUGCAGGAAGAAGUGCAUGGGAAGGAGAAAGAUUCGCGGGAGAGCGAGCAGCGCAGAGGCGACUCUGACGUCAACUGGGGAGACUCUGACGAGGACGAAGGCGAUGCGAUCGACGAGAUUUCCAACGGAGUGGGCGCGAUGGAGAUUGACACGCAGAUAUCGCUCGAGGAUAUGCGCAGAUUCGUGCACAGCAUGAGCGCGGAAGGCUCUAGGCAUGUCACGAUGGAUGAUGUUGCAGACACAGAGCGUAUGAGGGAAGAAGACGAGGAGGAGGCGGCCGGACGAGUCAGUGAUAGCGGCAGCAGCAGUGAUGAGAAUGAGAGCGAGCGCGAUCGUCAGGAGGUGGAGGAGGAAAUAGAAAAUAUCUUUGACGAGGGGGAACGUGCUCUGGUUGGUGAAGUUCAUGACCAGAACGGGGGUGCCAAAGGCGAGCAGCCGGAGGAGGAAGAUGAAGAAGAUGAGGAGGAAGAAGAAGAUGAUGAUGAUGAUGACGACGACAUCUUAUCCUCGGACGAUGAAGCCAGUCCUAAAUCGAGCUUUCAGGCUAGGUUGGCAGCAAUACGCGCUCGUGACAGAGGGAAGGGGAGAGCUGAUUCAAGUGAUGACGAGCUUGAGAUGACACGGGCUGACGACGACGAUGACUUUUUCGCUGAGCUGGAGGAUAUACUCCAUGAGAAUCGCGACAUUCUCAAUGGCGGAGGCAGGAAGGCAGGGAAGAAGCUGUUCCAAGCAAUCAGUGACGGCGACUUUGAUGGCGACGACUUUGCAGUUAUGAUGCAGCCUACUCGAGGCAAGGAUAAAUGUGCUCCGAGCACCAUUCAAGACCAGUGGGAGAGAGAUCGCGAGAAGAAAGCGGAAAAUAAACGAAAGCGGGCUCAAGCUAGAUUGGAGGCCGCUGCGGAUCCUCUGGCCCAGCAUAAAAGCGGUAAGAAGAGCAGAAAGGCGAUGCUCGCAGCCUUCAGGCUCGAUGUGAGCGUCGACAUGCCCAACAGGAUAACCAACCUUGUGUCGCUGGAGCAACAAAUCCGGCGCUUCCUGGAUGAUAUCGAGAAGGUAUCCAUGGCAUUGCCCCCGGCCGACAAAGGGACCAGGAAGAAAAUUCAUGCCUUAGCGACCGCUUUCAAUCUCAAGAGUCAAAGCAAGGGCAGUGGCAAGACGCGAUAUACUACGCUGUUUAAGACGACCAAGAGCGGGAUUGGAAUUAAUGAGAAAAAAAUCAGGAACAUCAUGAAAGGAUUUGAUAGAAACUGGGAAGGACCGAACGAAGGCAAGGGCAACGGCAAGCCGAUAUCUCUAGUGAAGCAUCGCGAGGGAGAAGUGGUUGGAAAGGCUGCCCCCAAGAUUGGCGAAUCCAACGUUGGCUUUAAGAUGUUGGCUGCGAUGGGUUGGUCAGAAGGCGACCGAAUUGGACUGUCGGGCGGUCUCGAAGCACCACUGAAUGCUGUCAUGAAGAAGACCAAAUUGGGCUUGGGUGCUACGAUCACGUCGUGAUACCUCUGUUCCUUGAACCUGGUACAUACGGUGAGAUAACGCCCAGUAACUGACUGAUGCUGAGUGAAGGAAGAUCACAAAUUGACAGCGUGUUGUUGAAGGGCAUGAUGGACCAGGUAUAACUCCGUCGGUCAAGCUUGUGAAGCAGAGCGGAUAUGACCCUGCGAACGGUUUACAUCUUGUAGAGCACGGUG